AUGGAGAAGAAGCAGGACUCUUCUCAUCUGUACGGUUCACUGGAGCGCACUGAAUGGAGCCGAGACACCAACAAACCAGAGGACGACGUGGUGUCCAUGGCGGACUCCACCAUCACCGUGGACGACAUCGAGGGGGAGCUUUUUAAGAUCGACAGGAUCAGGGAUGUCCUGGUCAGGAGGGAGUCAGAGCUCAGAUACAUGAUGGAUGACAUUCAGCUGUGCAAGGAGAUCACUCGUCUGAAGAAGGAGCUGCAGAAAUUGGUGUCCCUACCAGAUAAUGACAAGUCCAACGAGGACCGGCAGAAGGAAGAAGAACUACUGCAGCAGAUCCACAAGCUGGUGGAGACCAGAGAUUUCCUGGUGGACGAUGUGGAGUUUGAGCGACUCAGGGAGAAAGAAGAAGAUAAAGAAAUGGCAGAUUUUCUGAACUCUAAGUUCCCGAGAAAAAUGAAGAAGAAAGGUGUACCAACCAGACGGACUGCAUCCAGGGCUCAGCAGGCCUCCUCUCCCUUCGCCAAGACGGGCCUCACCCUGCUGAAGGAGUGCUGUGGCUUCACAUGCUCCAUCAUGUAG